CUCAGUGCCAGCGCCUGCCUGUCCUUUGGAUGGCUGCUGGCUUAGGAGCUGGGGAAGCUUUUGGAGGACCAGGACGGCUGGGCAAGAAACCAACUUGGUUAUUUGAGCGUCUUUUAGUGCUUCUCUGCUGUGUGUGAAGACUGCUUUCCUCAGAGGAGCUCCAGAUUUUACCAAAAAGAGAAAUAUUUCUUUUUCUCUUCAAAAUGAAAAUGGACUUGGAGAUCAGUGAGCCAAUAGACUUUAGUUCUGGAGAUCAUCAACAUCUGGUCCGGAAAGCAGCAGAUAAUAACAUCCAGACCAAAUCUGGUCGCUCCUACACAGCUUCACCUUCAUCUGGGCGACCAAAAUCUCAUGGGAAUCCACACUCAAAGGCUAGUGGGCGAUCGGAUACCUAUGUGGUACAGAUUUCAGACGAGGUCACCCCAGACGACAGCAAUACUGUAACCGAUCCGUUCUCAGAAACAUCUGUCCGCAGAGCUUUCAUUGUAAAAGUGUUCCUCAUCCUGUCAGCUCAGUUGAUAGUCACUGGGGCGAUUACCAGCAUGUUUCUUUUCUGGAAGGCUUUAAAAGUUUGGGUGCUCAAGAAUCCCUGGUUCACCUAUGCAAUCUUGCCAGUAUUUUUUGUUGUACUUAUUGUACUUGCUUGCUGUGGGAAUGUCCGCCGUCGGGUGCCUGCAAAUUACAUUCUCCUGGGAUUAUUUACAGUUCUUCAAGGUCUGCUGCUGGGAGCCGUAUCAGUUUUCUAUAGUGCUGAUGAGGUGCUAUGGGCAACGGCAGCAACCGCUCUGGUGACCUUAUCACUCACUAUAUUUGCUCUUCAAACCAAAUGGGAUUUCACCUUGCUAAAUGGAGUGCUGUUCGUUUUACUCCUCGUACUUAUUGUCUAUGGAAUUCUCUUACUCUUCAUACGGUCAUAUUGGUUGCAUCUAUUGUAUGCUGGACUUGGAACUGUGAUCUUCUCACUUUACUUGGUGAUGGAUGUGCAGCUCAUGGUGGGAGGGCGGCAUCAUCAUUCUGACCUGGACCCUGAAGAGUACGUUUUUGCAGCCCUGAACAUCUACGUGGACAUAAUCAACCUUUUCCUUUUUAUUUUGCAACUGAUUGAACUGGCACGGUAGUCAAAUGGCCGAGGCUGGCUGGUGUCGUGAGGGAAGCAAGGACGUUUGGGAAGUGUCACCAGGCUCUGACAUGCAGAGGUUACCACUGCAUAAGCCCUCUUAUUUUAAAACAUAUUUUAAAAUACUUAUUUGUUUUGUCAAAUGAAACCAAGCAUUCAGUAGGUGGUAGCUGUAGCUGUUAUAUUUUUAGUUCCAUUGUCACAUUGCAAAACUUUCUGGGGGACGUUUCUGAUUUUUAUAAAUUCAAAAGAUGAGUAUCAUAAUUACAUACUUAAAAACAUUUGUAAGAUGCCCAUUACUUGGUUGAAGUUUUCCAGGAACUCUUUAAAGCUGUAAACAACAUCUCUCUACAUGAAUAAAAUUGAUUACAGAAA